CGAUCGAACACAGCAGUCGAUCCCAGAGAGAGUCGAUCCGUGACUGUUGCUCAUCAGAACCGGAAAUCAGGUGAAGACAGACGGUGACCCGACAGCAGGGUCCGACACAGAGCUCUCAGACAUGGUCUUCGAGUCUCUUGUUAGCGACCUGCUCAACAGGUUCAUCGGAGACUACGUGGAGAACCUGGACAAGUCCCAGCUGAAGAUCGGGAUCUGGGGAGGAAAUGUUGUUCUGGAGAACCUGAGAGUGAAGGAGAACGCUCUGAGUGAGUUUGAUGUUCCGUUCAAAGUGAAGGCCGGACAGAUCGGAAAGCUGACGUUGAAGAUUCCGUGGAAGAAUCUCUAUAAUGACGCGGUGGUCGCCACGUUGGACGGUCUGUACCUGCUGGUCGUCCCUGGAGCCAACAUCCCAGAGAUGGGACAUAAAGACCUUUUGGACAGAGUGACCUCACACCUGUCCGACUUCUUUCACCCAGAACACCUGCAGGGAAAGAGGGCGGAGCCUCUGUCAGAGCUGCUCUACCCACGGCCCCAUCAGUCCCUUUAUAUACUGCACAACAACAACAACAACAACAACAACAAUAGCUGUUUGUUUAUCCCGUUGUACUGUGGAAGCGAGCUAAAGACGACCGAGGCCACUCUGUUGUCUGAUGUGAAUGGAUGGAUGGAUGAACAUAUUAACAUGUUGUCUGUACUGUUCAUGCUGCGUUUGCUGUCAGCGUCUCAAACUGGAGAUCUGCUGUUCAGCCUGGAGAGUGUUGUUUACAAGGAGCCUCAAUGUGUCCCAAAAGGAUCCAAAAAACACAAAAAGACCAGAAAAGGUCUGAAGAAGCUGAAACGACAUGACAACAAGACAGAAAAACCUCCGGAGGAGAAAAAGGACACGUUUGUGGAGAAACUGGCGACUCAGGUGAUCAAAAACCUGCAGGUGAAGAUCAGCAGCAUCCACCUGCGCUACGAGGACGACCUGUUAGACCCACAACGCCCCCUGUCCAUGGGAGUUACACUGUCCGAGCUCAGCCUGCAGACGACAGAUGAGAACUGGAGGUCCUGUAUCCUGAAUGAAGCGGCAAAGAUCAUCUAUAAGCUGGGCCGUCUGGAGUGUCUCUGCGCCUACUGGAACGUCAACAGUCCCAUCUUUUACAAAGGAUCAUGGGACGACAUCGUGGUGAGUCCUCGCUGUUUGUCUCGUCUCGUCAGCAGAGUUACAACAAACAAACAAACAAAACAACAAACAGACAAUCUAAAACACAAAACAGAACAAUUCUUUAAGCAACAAAGGAAGAAAAACAUGCCUGUGUGUGUUUACAUGUUUGUGUUUACAUGUUUACAUAGUUUUAUGAGGUCACAUGUUCAGUACGUUGACAUCACUUCCUGUCUCUCUGUCUGUAGACACGACAGGUGUACAGGUGGUGAGACAGGUGCUGUUGACGUCUCAUGUCCUCUGCAGUACCUGACCAUGGUGGAGCUGCUGGAGUCCGUGGACUGCAUGGUGAAGAACGCCCCCUACAGGAAGUUCAGGCCAGAGAUCUCCGUCCGUCACAACACCAAACUCUGGUGGAUGUAUGCCGUCAACAGCAUCCUGGAGGUCCACGUCAGACGUGUCAGUCACAUGUGGUCCUGGGCCAACAUCAGACGGCACCGAGACAACCUGAAGGCCUAUAGGACGGCCUACAAGACCAAACUGCUGAGUCCGAGCAAACUGAGUCCAGACACUGAGAGACACAUCCAGGAUCUGGAGAAAGUUCUGGAUGUCUUUAACAUCACGUUGGCUCGACAGCAGGCGCACAUGGAGGUGAUCAGGUCGGGACAGAAAGUGGUGGGGAAGAAGGCGGCGGGUGGGCAGAAGCAGGGAGGAGGAGGAGGAGGUUUCUUCAGCAGCUUCUUUGGUAGAAAGGCGAAGAAGGAGGAGCAGGAGCCAGAGGAGGACAAGGAGAAGGAGAGUUCAGGGUUGGACGAGAUCAUGACGCCCGAGGAGAAAGAAAAACUCUACACUGCCAUCGGCUACAGCGGCAGCUCUCACAACCUGGCGCUACCCAAACAGUACGUGGCGGUUAUCGUCACCUUCCAGCUGUUCAGAACCUCGGUGACGAUCAGAGAGCAGCCAGACGUUCCAGAGAUCCUCAAAGUCCAGAUGAUCGACCUCAGCACCAAGAUAUCUCAGAGACCCGGUGCCCAGGCCUUCAGGGUGGAGGCGGCGCUGGAGCAUUGGUAUGUGACCGGUUUACAGCAGCAGGGGGCGGUACCUUCGCUCAUUGCCUCGGUGGGGGACUCCUCUUCCUCUCUGCUCAGUGUGGUGUUUGAGAUAAACCCAGAGGAGAGCGCCUCCGACCAGCUGCUGCGAGUCCACUCUCAGCCCGUCGAGAUCAUCUACGACGCGGUGACGGUGAACAGUAUGGCUGACUUCUUUAAGACGGGGAAAGGUGUUGACCUGGAGAUCCUGACCUCGGCCACGCUCUCCAAACUGGAGGAGAUCAAAGAGAAGACGGCCACAGGUUUGUCUCACAUCAUUGAGACCAGAAAGGUCCUUGACCUGAGGAUCGACCUGAAGCCAUCCUACCUGCUGGUUCCAAAGUCUGGUUUCUACAGCGACUCAUCAGACCUCAUCAUCGUGGACUUUGGCAGUUUACAGUUGAACAGCAUCGAGCAGAGCGGGAUCAGCUCAUCUUUGUCCUCCUUCUCCUCUCUGGAGGAGAUCAUGGAUCGAGCCUAUGAGAGAUACAACGUGGAGUUACGACGAGUCCAGGUGCUCUACAGCAAGUCAGGUGAGGCCUGGAAGUCGGCUCGUCUGCAGGGUUCAUCAGUCCAACACAUCCUCCAGCCGAUGGACUUCACCGUCCAGCUGGCCAAGUGUAUGGUGGAGAAGGACGCCAGGAUGCCCAGGUUCAAGGUAUCAGGGGAGCUGCCGCUGCUGCACGUCAAGAUCUCAGACCAGAAGAUCCACAACGUUCUGGAUCUGAUUGACAGCAUCCCACUGCCCAACAUGGACUCCUCUCCCUCCACCCCCACACAGAAGGUGCUGUCCUUGGCGGAGGCCAGACCACGAGUGCUCAACCUUCAUCCUGCGCUUCUCGACACCAUGGAAACAGAUUCUGAUGAAGACGCCAGUGAGAGGUCGACUGAUGAAGAUCCUCAGCGCUCAGCUGUGGAUGAGCUCACAGACCUUCACUUUAAGUUCGAAGUUAAAGAGGUGCUGUUGGAGCUGACUCGGCAGGUGGACCAGGAGAAGACCGUCCUGUGUCUCAGCGUCUGUCAGCUGGGAGCUGAAGGGAAGAGGCGGAGCUUCGACCUAAACGUUACCUCUUACCUGCGCAGAGUCACACUCGACUACUGUGACGUUCCAGAUGGCAGGAAUUGUCCUCUCCACCUGAUUAGCUCCUCAGAGCAGCAGAGCUCCGACUUGCUCAAGGUGGAGUUCAUCAAGGCCGACCCCGGUGGUCCCAGCUUCCAGACUCUGUUCAACAACACAGAACAAACACUGAAGGUGGAGUUUUCCUCUCUGGACUUCCUUCUUCACACCAAAGCUCUGCUGUCAACCAUCAACUACCUGAACAGCGCCGUGCCGCCGCAGCUCACUACAGGCCGAGACAGAGACAUUAAGAAGCAGGUGGAGAAGGCCGGACAGAGCCGGACAGUGUCUAAAGGGGCCAAAGAUGGCGGCGUGUUCAGCUUCAAACUGUUCGCCAAGUUAGGUUGUUUCCACGUGGAGGUGUGUGACGAUUGCUGCAGCAUCGCCGACAUCAGAGUCCAAGGAAUCGAUGUGUCCGUGUUAGUGCAGGCGAAGGAGACGCAGGUGUUUGCUCGACUGCGAGACAUCGUGGUCACCGACGUCAACCCCCGAACCAUCCACAGGAAGGCUGUGUCCAUUGUGGGUGAGGAAGUGUUCAGCUUCAAACUCUCCUUGUUUCCGGGGGCAACGGAGGGGGAGGGUUACAGCGACAUGUCGAAGGUGGACGGGAAGGUCACGAUGCGUCUGGGCUGCAUCCAAAUCGUCUACCUGCACAAGUUCCUCAUGUCGCUGCUGAUGUUCAUCGAUAACUUCCAGACGGCUAAAGAAGCUCUGAGCGCCGCCACGGCUCAGGCAGCGGAGAAGGCGGCAUCCAGCGUCCGAGGUUUCGCCCAGAAGAGUUUCCGUCUGUCCAUGGACAUCAAGCUGAAGGCUCCGCUCAUCAUCGUCCCCCAGUCCUCCACCUCCGAGAACGCCGUGAUGGUGGACCUGGGUCUGAUCACGGUGGGGAACAGCUUCUCUCUGCUGCCAGCGGAAGGGUUCUCUCUCCCCGCCGUCAUGGAGAAGAUGGACGUCCGUCUGACUCAGCUGAAGUUGUCCAGAACCACACUGAAGCAAGACGCCUCUCAGCCCGACUUCGAGAUCCUCCAGCCAAUCAACUUGGAGCUGCUGGUCACCAGGAACUUGGCUGCUUCCUGGUUCACCAAGAUCCCUGGAGUCCAGGUCCAGGGAGUCCUGCGGUCCCUCGAUAUGAGUUUGGGAAAGGAAGACCUCGGUGUGCUGAUGAAGAUCCUGGUGGAGAACAUCGGGGAGGGGAGUAAAGAACACAGCAUGGACGUCAGACGACAGGUGGCCCAAGAAAAGGCAGAGUUAGCUGAGCAGCAGGUGGAGGUGGUGACAUCACGGACGGGAUCUUACAGUGUGUUGGCUGCUACCAACGGGGCUCAGACUGAGAACACCAUCAACAUUCUCCUGAACUUUGAAAUCAAAGAGGUGCUGCUGACCCUGAAGAAACCCAGAGAACAAGUGGAGGAACCAUUCCUGGUCUUUCAUGUGGCUGAGCUGGGCAUCAACACCAAAGUCAGGAAGUACGACAUGUGUGCCACAACCUUCAUCAACAAGAUCACCAUGAGGUGCCUCGAGUUCAAAGACUCGUGUGGGGAGCCGCUGUGUCUCAUCAGCUCCUCAGUAGAAUCUGGAGCCGAACUGCUCAAAGUGCAGUACUUUAAGGCUGACAGGGCGGGGCCUAACUUCUCCACUGUUUAUAAAAACACCGAGCAGAUGAUCAAUGUGACGUUCACCUCUCUGGACCUCAUGCUCCACACCGAGGCUCUGCUGUCCGCCAUGGACUUCCUGUCAGCGGCACUGUCAUCUGGCACCAUGGCAUCUCCAGAGAGAGAUCUCAGACCAAAGACAGAGGACAAGACGGUGUCCACCAAGUCCACUGCCCUGGUGUCACCUGCUGACAGUGACAUCAUUGAUCUGAAGGUGAUGAUGACGCUGGGAGCCUUCAACGUCCUCGUGUGCGACCAGAGCUCCAACAUGGCCGAUAUCAAGAUCCAAG